AUGAAACAAACACAGAUUACCCUCGAGCAGAUUCGAUACGAAAAGCAGCUGGAGCCCAUGCAAGGCCAGCUCGAUAAAGCGCUGCAGCAGAUAUCCUUACGGGUGCUAGAGACCCCGGUGGGCCUUCAAGGAGGCCAUUUCGUUGACCUCAGUGUUCUUAACGAGACCAAUGCAAUGGUGGGGACAAUCUUCAAGAAAAGUCUGGUGCUCGUGGACUUCUUAAAGAAGGAGGGUAAGAUUGGUGGAAAAAGUAAGUCAUUCAACAUUGCUGCUCAUGAACAAUCGGCAUCACAGACGCCCGGCAGUGAGAACGUCACAGGAGAGUACACGAGAGCCAUCAUCCAGGAUAAUACUGCCGGAGAUAAUAUGAGAACUUUCUUUGGCAAUAUUGGGUAUGAGCCUGGCUACACAGCUGCAUAUACGGGCACUUCAAAGUUCGUCAGUAAUAAGAUGGGUAAAGACGCAGCUUUGUUCACUGGGGAUAUUGGAGGUCAGGCCGCUGUGGAAAUGAUGAAAGACAUGUUCAAAAAGUAG